UAUUUAAACGUUAGUAAUGGUCUUAGUGUGUCAGUUGGACGUGAGAAGUGAGAGCGAACAUGUCGUCUGAGGAGGGUGUCCCGGGUUCUUACGACCCGACGCUGACUGUGAACGUCAAACCGUCCAAGUCGAGCCAGUCACGCGGGAAGACGGCAGGCGAAACCGGGCUUCGCUUGAAACUUCUCAAACUCUUUCUGUCCGUACUUCUGGGGAUAGUGGUCCUGGCGUGUUUCUCGCUGUCCCAACUUUCUGCGAUCUCUCUUGUGAAACAUCUACGUCUGCAAAACAAUGGAAAUGUCACUUGUAGGAAUUCCAGUUCCACGGCUGAAAAUGUCACUUGUUGUAGGAACUUCAGUUCCGCGGAUGAAAAUGUCACCUGUAGGAAUUCUAGUUCCGUGGAUAAACUUGCAGCUGGCUCCUGUGACGUGCCUGCUCUCAUGGUGGUGUACAUGAUGUUGGUACCGUACGGAGUCUCCUUCUUACGAAGUUUGUGGAACGGCGCCUUCCAAGACUCCAUGCCGUGGCCGCACCGAAAAGCUAUCUGCCUGGGCGCACUCCUCAGCCUGUGUGAGGUUACCGGGCUGUGCCUGUUGACGGUCCGGGUCAUGCCGUCUGUCACCCCCGCCCUGAGCGUGGUUCUGUCCAACGGCGUCAUGUUCAUCCCCAUCGUCAGCCACAUCAUAAAACAGACAGUCGGUCUGUGCAGGCAGAAGAAAAGCCGAAAGUGUGGACGUGUUUUUCUUGUCGUGUUGUGGGUUGUCGGAGGUCUGACGUGUGGCGGACUUGUCGGUGUCUGGAGUUAUUUCAGAAAGCAGAAGUACGUGGUAGAAACGGUUGUCUCGCUGUUUCUUCUAUCCGCUGCCUGGGCUCCGAAACUACAGCAGUAUCAAGCUGAAGGAUGUCGCCCAGCCACGUCGUCACAACCAGAUCAUACCCAGAACUCGAGAUGGAAAGCAGGAAUUCUGAACAAUUUCUUCAAACUUGUUUUAGUGCUGGUGGUCCCUGACGUGAUGAGGUAUGCUGGAGUACUAGAUGUGUGUUCUGACUGGGUUUGGACCUGUGCAGACGUUUACGCGCUCUUCACGAUUCACCACCCGGCUACAGUCAGCUUUGUCCUCAAUGUUACCGCAGGUUUUGUGGGUUACAUCCUGGCAUGGAUGGCAUGUGCUUUACGAAUGGGCUACUUUGGAUUCGCCUUGCCAGCCUUUCUCAGCACCUUGGUUACAGCAAUUGUUAUUUUCAUCAAACAAAUCUGCACACGACUGAGCUUCUUCCAUGAAGAGACGUGUGUGGAUGACUACACGGUCUGGGACACAGGGACGUGUCUGGGGCUGCUGCUGGUCCAGUUCUUCUCCACCACGUGGUUCGUCAUGAGGAGUCCAACUAUCGUCAUGGAGCAGGAAGCACAGCUGUUUUGGCUGCCCGGGUACAACAGUGUGUUCCCGGCACAGUGGAUGCUGCUGAGUAGAAAAAACAGGAACACGAAGAGGGAGGACUUCACCACGAGAAGAAAGACCAAACAGAACACGCACGUCUACAUCUGUACAACUAUGUACCAUGAGCAGUGUACCCGGUACAGGACACCGUACGGUCUGCAGCUCCAGUGGGACCUGCAGUACGGCAGCGGAGACACGGCCAGCGGGAUGGAACUCACCGUCCACCUCAAGGACAAUGUUCUGGUAAAGAACAAGAAGCGAUGGAGUCAAGUGAUGUACAUGUCUUACACUUUGGACUAUGCCGCGUAUUUUCAUCCUCUUGGGAUGUCGUCCGGAGUAAUCGCCGAUACGGAUAUCAAGGCCACGUCCCGGUACGGGAACGACCCGUCUCACGGCGGGCACCAGGCCAGGCUGAACGCCGUGGGGACCGGGAGCGGCACCUGCGGCUGGACGGCAGGAGACUCCGAUAUACAUCAGCGGUUGCAGAUAUAUCUGGGAGAAGACAUGGUGGUGACGGGAGUGGUGACUCAGGGGAAGCACGGAUGUGAGGAGUGGGUGACCGGGUACCAUCUGUCCUACAGCCUGGACGGGGAAACAUGGGAAUAUUACAAUGACGAAUACGGCUGGCGUGUGACAUUAGAAGGCAACGAUGACAGUGACACCCCCAAGCGGCACAUUCUGGACCGGCCGAUCAAGGCAGCUUACAUCAGCUUCAACCCUGUGAGCUGGAACAACAGGAUCAGCAUGAGAGUAGAACUGCUGGGGUAUUGUGCAACUGACUUAGACAGAGACAGCUACAUUUUGGCCACAGACGCGGACAUCAAGUUCUCCCCGCAGGACGCCCAGGCGCUGAUGGAGAUCAUGUGUACAGACCCUGACGUGGGCGCCGUGUGCGCCCGGACACACCCGCUGGGAGAGGGUCCCCUGGUCUGGUACCAAGUUUUCGACUACGCGAUUGGGCACUGGUUUCAGAAGGUUGCUAACAGUGUCCUGGGCACGGUGCUGUGUUGUCCCGGCUGCUUCAGUGUGUACAGAUGUAAGGCUGUCAGGGACACUCUGGCCACGUACGCCUCUACAGUCAGGCAAAGGGGAGGAGUUCUCACCAAAGAUAUGGGAGAGGACCGCUGGCUUUGUACGCUCAUGGUAGAGAAGGGCUGGCGGCUGGAGUACACGGCUGUGUCCGAGGACAGCACCUACUGUCCAGAGGAGUUUGACGAGUUCUUCAACCAGAGAAGGCGGUGGAUCCCCUCAACUAUCGCCAACCAGCUGGAUCUCAUACGGAAGUGGGGAGGGGGGCAAAUCAAGAGCGACUAUGUCUCCAAGUUCUUCAUCAUGUACCAAGGCUUCCUGCUGUUCUCAUCCAUGAUUGGUCCUUCUACUGUAAUCCUGAUUAUGGCUGCGGGUCUGGAGUUGGUUGUCGGCAGUGCUGGAGGCGGAAUCGUGCCGACAGUUGUUGUGUUCUCCCUUAUAUUCAUCGGGUUCGGCGUGCUGUGUGUGUACGCUAAGCAGGACACACAACUCAAGUGGGCGAAGGUGCUGACGAUGGUGUUUAUGGUAGUGAUGGUGAUGGUGCUGAUAGGACAGGCCCGGGAGAUGGUCACAGCCUUCCAGAGACUUGACGCCCGGCUGACCCAGCAGAACGCUAACCACAUCACAUACGCUGGGAAAGGUUGUAAUGAUGACUGCCGCGGUACUGUCUGCGACUGCCUAACGUUCAUCUGCAAACCACUCAACUGGUCCAAGAACAACGUUUCUACAUGGUUGAUGGAAUGUUUUGGCCCGGAUAAUCAGUUUAGCAACCUAUCCAGUCACUUUUCGCAAUAUAGUGGCUCCCAGUUGUCCCACUUUGACGAACAGACGCUCUGUGGCGAGUUCACAACGCAAAAUGGAGUCUCCGCAACGGAAAGAGACUGUAAACUCAUCUUCAGAGAGUUCCUCAAGAUCAAGGACGAAAACGUUGUGGUAACCAGUACACCACCAAUGACACCCCUGGAGCAGCUGCCUCUGCCGGUGAGUGUGAUCUACUUCCUCAGCCUGGCGGCUCUGUACGUCCUCACGGCGCUGCUGCAUCCGUCCGAGCUCCUCAAACUGCUGUACGGGUUCGUGUACCUGCUGAGUCUGCCGUCAGGAUACAUCCUGCUCACCAUCUACAGCGUCUGUAACAUGACCGACAGAUCCUGGGGUACGCGGGAAAUAAAGGUACCAGGUGUGGCUGUUGGAGGCAAAAGUGUCACCGAGAUGAUCUCUAACUUGUGCAGAACCCUGUGCAGCUGUUGCAGACGAGACAACAAACAGCCGCCAUUGGAGGAGAUCUCCAUCGAUGACCCUGGUGAGGAGACUGAGAACGACGAGAGCGGGUCAGAAAGCGGGAGCGGUAGUGACAUCCAAUCACUAUCCAGUCACUUUUUGGGGCGGAUCAAGAAGAGACUCGGCCCGUUGGCGCAGACCAUCGCGCCUGCCUCGAUUAACCAGAGACGGGUUAGUACACUGUCUCAGGUCGACGUGAACGAUUUUGUUCCAAGCCAAUGGCCGGCGGAAUUAAGGGAAAAGUACGAGAAAACGCUCAAAGAACAUGGUUUUGUGAAUACGUCAUUUAUCUUUGGGAUGACUACCAAGGAUCUCCAGGAUAUCGGCAUCACGAAUAAGUUACAUCAAGACAUUCUCAUGAGGGAAAUAAAGAAAAUACCGGAGUGUGAGCUCGACGAUACCGUCCCGGAAAACUGUAGCCAGUGGUUAGAGUCUAUAGGUAUGGGGGAGUACAUCAGCAGCUUUGAGACUUACGGCAUCAUCUCCAGGAAUGACCUGGCCAGUCUCAAGUCCAUGGAUGUGGAUGAACUACUGAAAGACCUGCAGAUAACAAAAUUAGCUCAUGUCAAGAGGAUCACCGAUGCUAUUAAGAAGUUGAAGAGUCCCGAGGAAACUGGCCGAAGAAUAAGCCAGGUAAAAAUCAUAAUGAAGAAGGUGAAGACCAUCAUCAUGCAACACGACAGCGAGAGGUCACUUGAGUUCAAGUUCUGGGAUAAGUUACGUCAGAAGUGUCUGGACCCGGAAAUCUCCCUCUUCAGUACUGAUACAGAUAUAAGAACGCAGCUUGUACAGUUGCGGAACUCCUGGAUCCGUGUCCUGCUGGUGCUUAACGUCAUGUGGAUCACGCUCAUCGUGUCUCUGACGUACGUGCCUGAGCUCAGACUGUGGGACGCCAACCCGCUGAGUCUGCUGUCUCUACUGGUGUUCGGCGUCCUGCAGCUGCUUCAGUUCCUGACGAUGCUGUAUCACCGGAUCCGGACUCUACUGCACUACCUGGCCCGGUUACCUUACCCAGUAUCCUGUACCAUACAGACUAACACAACCGGAAAUGGCAAGGCUGACGUCAUACAGAUUGAGACUCCUGAUCCUGAAGCUCACCCACCUUCACGACCACCACGCCGACCAUCCUUGUUAAGUUUUCAGAUCACAAGAAAUGGCCAAACCCGUAUUUGGCAAAUGGGUCGGACAAACCCGGUGUAUGAGGAGGAGUAGAUGACACAAAACCAGAAAUACAAAGACCAGUAGCUUUACUGCGUUACCAAGUAAAGCUGCUAUAGUGACCAAUAUCUGAUCAUGACCUUUCCAUUUUGGACAAAUACAGUAGUGACAAUCUGCCCAUAAUGGCGCAGGAAACGGGGUUAUAAUUAGAUCAAUGUUAGUUCAGUUUUCACCACAUACCCAUCCGUCUAACAUAAGACAGAGGCCUUGUUCAUAUGAAACCACCCGAACCGCGAUUCGGGUAACUCGCACUCCUCACCUCUGGUCCACGUGCCAUACAUUCAUUUUA